UUGAAUCCUGCAUGCCUGAACAAAGUUGAAUUUCCCUAAGAUAAAUUUGGUCCAAUAGAACAAGUACAAGCAAAAGGAACAGAAGAUAUUAUACCUAAAGAAGAACAGAAUGGGUAGCAUAAUACGAGAUAUGACAUUGGCAAAUAUUCAACAAGAAAAUAAUCUUACUGUAUCAUUAGCUUGACAAUUCUAGCACUCUGGACGCUAGCUAUAAUUUCUUUUCUAUUUGAAUUCAGAUACAAACAUCAGUAUGAAGUUAAAGGAGAUUUUGGGAUAUUCUAGUCAAAAGAUUACCUUUUUUUCUGCCGGCCUGUGAUACUGCCAGAUAUGAACUGAAUCAAGAUUAUACAUACUAGACAAAAAUUACAACCUUGCUAUCAACAAAGUGCUACUUGUGGCCAAGACCGGCACAAUCCUUUGUAAUCAACAAACUGUUAGCUAGGCCACCUUGGUGGUUAAGUACCCACAGCUUCAAAAUUGAGCAAAGGGGCAAUAAACACGUUAAGGAAGAGGUGAACUUCCCAAUACAUUGCAAAAAGUUUCUUGUGUUUUUCCACAACAAUCUUGAUCAGGCAGUACCUUUCCCUCAAUGCACACUCUUAGACAAGCUGAGAAAGAAGAAAAAAAUUGUAUAGGAGGCACAAGAAAAUAGAGAACUAACAUAAAAAGAAGAUGAAAGCACUUCAGGAGGAGCAUAUGUAUCACCAUUUCAGCCAUCACCAUCCAAUGGUACGUACUGAUUUAAUUUUGGCAGGCAACAUUACCUGUUCUGGGUGCAAGCUCAAUAUAUUGCCAGCUAAAGGCUAUUACCAGUGCAAAACUUGCCCUUUCUACCUUCACAAAGUGUGCUACAAUAUGCCUAUGAAAACUCGACAUCCUGGCCAUCCUGACCACUUUUUAACCCUCCAUGUUAUGCCUUCAUCAGGCAAGAAAACCUUCAAGUGUGAGGCUUGUGGACAUCAAGUCAAUGGAUUCUACUACAACUGUGCAGAAUGUUCCAUUUACUACCAUAUCUUAUGCUCAGCAGUGCCACUUUCUGUAGCAAUCACUUCCCACCUUCACACACUCAAACUAGAAUUUUCACCUCCUAAUGACUUGCAAUGUGACAUAUGCAAAGAAUCAGCCAGCUAUAAUGGGUGGCUUUAUAGGUGCCAAAUCUGUGAGUUUGAUACACAUCUUGCCUGUGCCAUUUCCAAUCAAAGAGAACAGUCUUUUCAGCAUCCAACUGCACCACUGCCACACCCUUUGACAAGACAGAGUACGUAUUCUUCAGCAUCCCUAAUGGAAACUAAACAAAGAGAAGAUUACGUUAAUGAAGGCACAGAACUAAUGCAAUUAGUAUCCCAGAGUGUCACUAGGAAUAUCAGAGAUAACAGAACAUAUGAAAAUUUUCUUAAAACAGUGGUUGGAUGGGAUGAGAGAUUGCAUAGCCCUAAAAGGAGACUUGCAACAAGAAAUGGCCAGGAUGAAUACUUUGGAUCGAGUCACAAUCCAGAUAGUGUUGGCACUUCUCCAAAUCCAGAAGUAGAAGCACAAGAGACAGACCAAUCAAGUCUACUUUCAGUUGACCUGAGUACAGCUCCAAGUUACCAGCUCAGUGGUAGAUGUUUUUCAAUAGAUUUGGCAGAAUCUUAUUCAAGUUUGGAUCAUACAAAUCAGGCAAGAAAGGAGCCUACACUUUCUGAUGCAAGUGCUCUGCAGAAAGUUAAAGAAACAGUAAAUGGUAGGAAUAACAUUCUACUUGAGAGAAUUGCGAGCAAAUUUGAACCAACCAACCAAGAAACUAUUUAUGCUAAGAAGGAAAGUUUUGAUUUUCGUAACUCAGAUAGUAGGAUGAAUGAGGCAUUCUUAACCAGAAACAGCACUCAAUCAAGGGAGCAGAGGAAUAAGAAGAAAAUGUCAAAUGAAUCCAGGAGUGAGUCUGGAGACAGAGAUCAGAGUAGUAAAUCUGAGAAAGUAAGUACAACCGUGCAAGUAACCAAAGAACAUACUCUAGCAUGAUUAUCUUUGUCUCAUAGAAAAUAGUUUUAGCAACUUCACACGUUUUUCCUCCUCCUGACAUUAUUUUAGUCCAGUUGUUAAUUAUUUCCCUCUGUAUUUUAAACGGAUUAAGUUUUAGCAGAACCACCGGAGUGAACAGAAUUUGAUAAUAUAAUUUUGUCAAAUCUAGUUAAAAAUCAUUCAUCUCUUAGAGGGUAAAGAUUAAUGCAUCAUUAUGUUGUUCCAUCUUGGCAGGGAAGAUCAGGAUGUUCAUGUUGGUGGAAGCUCUUCUAAUGUUGAUUUCUCCAAAAAAAAAAAUAAGGUAAGUACUACAGUUUUCAGUGAUGGAAGAAGUUGAAAAGCAGAAGAUCGCAAAUAGAGUGCAAGGUUGUUAUUUUUCAAUCCAGGGUAGAAAGAAAUUUAUUGAGGAUGCUUUUUCCUUUUCUUAUUUCCCCUUUUUAACACAUAUUGUUGUAAAUUUUCAAGAUGCUACCUAUUCAAAGUUCUUGGCUAGCUUAAUAUCAAGUCCCUUCAUUCGGAGGUUAGAGUUCGAUUAUCAUUUCUUGUAUACUUCGGAAGCAUAGUAAUUAUGAACAAAUGGAAGGUAUAUGUAUUAUGAGUUUUACCUCAAUUCCAUUGUGUAUUGGGGUCACAGAUUAAGACAUUCCUAAUUGUCAUUCUCAUCAUUAAGAAGAUUGAAGUGUCCUGACCGUAGAGUAUUGAAUGAAACUGAAAACUCGUAACAAAAACAUUUAAUUGCCAUUUAGGAACUGCUUUCUGUUAUUAUUAAGUGUAGAAUUUUUUUCAUAUUUUUGCUGCCUAAAAUAAUCCUCAUUGGCUAUUAAUCAGUCUUUGAGAUUCAAUUUUAUAAUUAAUCCUAUACAAUUAUGAAAUCUUAGCCAUGAAUGAAGGUGAAGUAUACAUAUGUAUUUAUAUAUGGUCUCCACAUCAUUUUCACAAGAACUGUACAUUAUUAUGUAGAUAGGUGGAAUUAAAUAAUUAUAGAAUUUUAAGGAAACUAUUAUAGAUGAUGGGAACCCAUUCUACAAGAUGAGUUCUAAAAGUCAAUCUCUUUGUU